GUCAAAUUUGACGUUUAUCGAGUAUCCUGAAAUGUAUUGACGUUUGUCAUUGUCAAAUCGGAAAAAUAUUUCAUUUGAUUACAAAACCUACCAAAUUUUAAACCUACAGGAACUAAAACAUAUUGAUGAAUGGUACCUAAUUUGAAAAUAAAUUAAACCUGAUUUUCCAAAAAUGUGGGAUUCCACCAUGUUUUUGAGUACCUUAACUCCGAAGUUUUAUGUAGCUUUAACUGGUACAUCAUCUCUUAUCUCAGGUCUUAUUCUAAUAUUUGAAUGGUGGUAUUUUCGAAAAUAUGGUACCUCAUUUAUUGAGCAAGUAUCAAUAAAUCAUAUUAGUCCUUGGAUCAGCGGAGACUAUGAAAGCAGUAACUCAACAAAUGGAAGCCCAGCUAAUGUUCAGCCUCAGGUGCCGGAGUGUAAAGUGUGGAGGAAUCCACUAAAUUUAUAUCGUGGAGCAGAGUAUCAGAGAUUUUUUUGGGCCACUAAUAAGGAGCCACUCACAUACUAUGAUAUGAAUCUGUCUGCACAAGACCAUCAAACAUUUUUCACAUGUGAAGCAGAUGCAGGUAAAGCAGAAUAUGAAAUAAUGCAGACAGCUUGGAGGGAAAGGAACCCUUCAGUCAGGUUGAAAGCGGCCCACAGUGCCCUUGAAAAAAACUCCGAAUGUGCUCCAGCUUAUAUUCUGCUAGCAGAGGAAGAAGCCACAACUAUAACUGAAGCAGAGAGAAUUUUAAGGCAAGCUCUAAGAGUUGCUGAAGGUAACUACAGAAGGUCACAAGCCUUACAGCAUCAAGGUACCUUGAUGGAAGCUCAACACAGACGGGACACAAACGUCCUCAUUUAUAUAAGACGCCGACUAGCGAUGUGUGCCAGAAAGUUAGGUAAAGUCAAAGAAGCAGUGAAAGUGUUCCGUGAUCUAACGAAAGAGGUACCUCCGAUUAUGCACGUCCUCAACAUACACGAGAAUCUCAUAGAAGCCCUAUUGGAAAUGCAAGCGUACGCAGACGUGCAAGCAGUCUUAGCACGAUACGAUGAAAUCUCGCUUCCAAAAUCUGCGACUAUAUGUUAUACAAGUGCGUUACUAAAAGCUCGAUUAGUCGCGGAUAAGUUUUCACUAGAUGUCGCUAGUAAACGUGGUUUAAAUAAUGCCGAAAUGGCUGCUGUGGAGGCGAUACACCGAGCAGUCGAGUUUAAUCCCCACGUUCCUAAAUACCUCUUAGAAAUGAAACCCUUGAUCUUACCUCCCGAACACGUUUUAAAACGAGGCGAUUCAGAAGCUCUAGCGUACGCGUUUUUCCAUCUAUCUCAUUGGAAAGCUGUCGAAGGUGCUUUGAAUUUACUUUACUGCACCUGGGAAGGAACCUUCAGGAUGCUUCCGUAUCCUCUUGAAAAGGGCCAUUUAUUUUAUCCAUACCCCACGUGUACAGAAUGCGCCGACAGAGAGUUACUCCCUCCAUUCCACGAGGUUUCAGUUUAUCCCAAAAAGGAACUUCCGUUUUUUAUUAUAUUUACAGCGGGACUGUGUUCUUUCACAGCUCUACUGGCUCUACUAACGCAUCAAUAUCCUGAGCUCAUGGGAAUCUUCGCUAAAUCGGUGGUCAGCUGGAUGUCAAUGCCAAUUUACUAUUUGUAUGAGAAAGUGGAGGGGGUAUUGCCGAGUAACUUACUUCAACAGUUGAUACGAAUUUAGUUGUCUAGCAGAAGUGGUUGUGUUGUUGUAACUUGUCUCUUUCGUUAGCGUCAAUUAGAAAGUAAAAUAUUUAUUUUUAUAUACAAAUGUUUUAAAUCUAUUUUGUACUCUUUUUAUGAAGAAUCAUGAAGAAAAAAUACUAAUAACAUGCUUGCAGAAAGCAAUACCAAACAAAUAUGUUAUGAAGCCUUGUUUUCCUUACACAGGACGAAGUAAAAAAAUUCGCACUGUUUAGGAUUAAUUUUACUGAGUCAAACCUGAGAUUUUUGUUGAAAUAUCCCGGAAGGUUGUCUACACCUAUAAUUCGAAUAAAUUCUAGUUGAAAAGUUGUUGAAAACUCAAGAAGAAUUUUAGAACGAAAAGUCACUGGCAAAUGCACUAGUAUGCACGCCAAAAGUGAAGAAAGAAGAAGAAGCAAAACUGUUGGGCAAUUAAAUUUCCCAUCAGAAGUCAAUUGUUUCUGCGAUUAUAUAAUUUUCUCGAACUCAUAAGUGGAACAUAGAGCUUCAGUGAAAAUGCGCCAUCGGAUUCUCUUUUGCGCUAAUCCUUUACCUCACUCCAAUACUUUACUUGACCUCUUAUCUCGUCCAUGAUGAAUCUUAUCCAAGUUUGUGCUGGGCGACCUAUUUUUUUCCCUUGAGGAUUCCACUCCAGUCUGCAAUACUGGAACUAUUUUUUCGGAGUGUGUGACCCAUCCAACCCCACUUUCUUGACUUUAUUUCAAAAAAUUCACGAGGAAAAUAAAAUUCCUGUAACUGGCUAUAUACCAUAAAUCAUAAAAAAUACAAGAUCCUUUGUAAAAGGUAUAUUUAAAAGACCCCAAUAAAGGUUACAUCACAAAGCAAAACGUUUUCGGAUUAAUAGGUAAUCCAUCAUCGGUGUUAAGCCCUAAAAUAUUAAGUAUAACCUAAUUAAAUGUUAUAAAAGUUGACUAAGGUUAAGAAUUGACAGAGGCCAUACUUACAAUAGCAUGCAUGCGUGAGCCACCAAAAAAGUUAUGGGUAAGAACCCUUUAAAAGUUUUAAGAUCUUAAAUGAUACUACAUAUAUGUUUAUUAAACAGAUGGAUGUUGCAAAUAUUCCUGGAUAUAACCCAGGACAACACAGGACUCGUAACCCACGAGGAUGUGAUAUGCAAGGAAUGAACCUCACAUAUUGAAAAUUGAGUGUCAACUGAACUGAAAGGUGAAAGAACUUUAGAAGUAUGCCAGUGACAGAUUGUCAUUGCGACGUUAUGAACUAUUUUGUUACUUCAGCCAACGAAAAGUUUAUGUUGAUGUUGAAAAUAAAACAUUAUCAAAUAUCCAUAUAUUGGUAUUAGAAAUAUUCGAACAUAAAUGUAAAAUUGUGAAAUAUGUUAUGAUUAAAUAUAUGAACAUGACAAAUGUUAAAUAGGUACUAGGAGUUAUGCAGUCAGCAACACAUUAGGAUCUUACAGAAGUGGUAAUAGGCUUAGAAUUAUUAAAAAGGCCUUUUACGAAAUAUGUCGAAGAUAUCAGAAUUUGUUUAAUAUGUACAUAAAUGUACAAUUGUAAGUUAUUGAUUAAUGUGUGAGUGUUUUGAUGACAGUUUGACUUUAUUUCAUUUUCUACCCUCUUUUUUUGGGUCAGGUGUAGUAGAUCUUCGUUUCUGAUGAUGUUUGGCCAGAAAAUAUGAACAAUUUCUUCGUAAACAUUUGUUAACAACGACCUGCAGUUUGUCUGUAAGCGUUUUUGUCACUUUCCAGGUUUCACAUCCGUAGAGUCGAACAGACAUGACAUUUGACUGGAAUAUUCGGAUUUUUGUCCUUGCGGUAUACUCGCCAGACCUCCAAACAGGGUUGAGCAUGCUGAAUGCUUGUUGAGCUCUUCGUAUCCUCAUACGAAUAUCGUCUUCUGUUAUGACACUUCCAAGAUACGUAAAGUUUUCCACAUUUUCAGUCUGCAUGUUGUCGAUAGUAAAUAUCGUGUUGUUUCUUGCAUUUAUUCUCAUGGACUUGGUUUUACUAAUAUAGUAAACUAGUAGUUUAAUAUAUGUAGUAGGAGUAGUAAAGUAGUAGUUAACUGCGAUUAGUAAACCAAAAAUCCAGCUCGUAGAUAGUUUCGAAAAGCUCGUAGUUUUUUUGUUAAGCGUGUAAAAAUCUUUUAAAGAUGUGUGUUGGAUUCAGAGUGAAAGGAUACACCUUAGUGUAUUUCAAAAUGCUUGUUGCAUUUCAAAGUUGCUUAUCAAAAUUUUGUAUUAGAAAUUUAAAAUUAUAUACAAAAAAUGUCGUUAAGAAAAAUGCGAUAUCUUUUGUAUAAUAAUUUUCAGAUCUUUCAAUUUUUGUUGAUAGAAAAAUGGGGUUUGGUAGUCAACUUUUCGUUCUAAAAUUGUUCUUACUUUUUCCACAUUUUCAACAUUUUUAUCUGGAGCAUAUGAAAUUAUAAUUAUAAACAAUCUUCCUGAGAAAAUUCCACAAAAAUGUUCCUCACUACAAAUAACUUAAUUCUCAAACAUAUUUUUAUCAGUUCCUGUAUUAGAUACGAACAUGAAUUUUAAAUAUUAUUUUAUAUUUUCAUUAAACAAUUUUUUUUCUUUAGUUCCCAUGAAUAUCCCUUUUUCUUAGGGCGCCUUAGUUACGUCUCAAAAAUUGCUAAAAAUUUCGAUAUUUUAGUAAUUUUUGCAUGCCAAAAUUAAUUUUUCAACUUUUUUUUUCUAACAAGUUGUUGUCUAUCUGCAGUCUUAUCAAUAAAGCAAAACAAGAAUAAUGAAAAUCGGUCCCGUAUAUUCGGAAAAUUAGUGUCCUACAUGUAAAAAGCGUCAUUUGGAGAAAAAUAAAAAUAAACAAAUUCUUAUAAAACUGUCUUCUUGCUCUUGUUUGGUUGCUUUCUUAGCCAACCGGACUUUCUUUCUACGCGGCUUUCUCGGCCAUAGAGAUCCUUUCUUUGUAUUUAGCUGCGCAUAUGUAUAAGGUGCUCUAUGAUGAGUACCUAACCCAACCACAUCCUUUUCUACAAACGUACGCUUAGCAUAUUGCCCAGAUGUUUUAUUAUACCUAACACUCAUUAUUCCUAGUAGAGUAUUUCUUCCUCAGAAACGUUUUAAAAGAUCUCCUUGUGUCAACUGCUCGAACACGGGUUUGACUAACUCCUGCACUUGAAUGUCUGCUUAUUCGCUUGCGAUUUCAAGUACUUGCAGCAAUCUGCAUUACACCUCUCAUAUUGCGGCGGUUUGUCAGAUCCUAGAAGCCGUCUGUUAUGAACCGUCGUGCUGCAGCCACUUCUGGAACCCUGUACCAGCUUAUACAGGUCUAGUGGGUGGGUGCCAGAUAUAUUUUGAGUCACUUCGAUGUCUCCAAAAAAGUUUGCCCUUUGAUCCAAUGCCUCGCAGCCAUGCAAGAUAUGGUUGACCGUUUCAGGUUGUCUGUUACAGAGUUUGCAGCUCAAGUCUCCAUGAAGCAGCCCCAUUGUAUGCAGGUGCCUCUUAAUUGGCGCAUGCCCAGUAAGGAAACCUGUUAUGACAGCUGAUUCCUGCUUGGUUUCAGCAAUAAUUCAGCCCUACUAGCACAUAUCCGUCCGAUAUACAUCUUACCAUGUGUUUGACCGGGUACACCCUCCCAGUAUGAGUUGUGUGGGGGCUCUCUUAAAUGGCUACCCGCUCUUAACAAACCCCCCGGUUCGGAAGAUUAAAUAAAAGUCUUUGUACUUCUAUUUUCUAUAAUUCAGCUUUCAAUCACAGAGUUAACAGUUUGCAAAAAUAUUAAAGGGCGAAAAAUUAACAGUAUAUCUCUAAAUAUGGAUAAUUCUAAAACCCGCACGAAUAAUUAAAAUGUUUGUACCGUAACCCGGAAUGUCAAAACGUGUAUUACAGUAUCUUGUGGAACUUCCAUUAAAAAAUAUUACCAACCACACCGAAUUUCGACGUUCGUUGCCCGGUAUGUUAAGAAGUUCUGAAUACAAAACCUUUCACGAUACUAUGUGACCGAAAUUCUCGAUACACCAAGGUUAAAUUCUUCCCAGCGUUUCUGCCGAUUAAACAGAACAAUAUGACCUGAUUUGUAUGUGACGUAAUUAUUAUCAAGACAAAACGCAUAUAUGUCUGUGAGUAGAAGAAUGUGUCUAUCCAGCGCUUUGAACUCCUAAUAUAUUAACGAUUUCUGAAUACAGGGUGAAUGACACCUCAGACAAGAUAAAAAUUAAUUCAAUAUUUAAAUGGCUCGAACAAGUUGUAAAUGCCUCUAUGACCUGGAACCCAUACCAAUAUAACACUGUUGUGUUGCGCCAGUCUGUCGAGCUCGUGUCGAUAUUCCGACAGUAGCCUAGAGUCCACCUUAGGGCUUAUAAGAGGCCCAGUGGCUGCUUGUCUAUCUGUGCAUAUGUUAAUCCGCUGCAAUUCGAAGGCCCUCAAGUUGUUUUCUCUUGCAAUCUGCAAGAUUGCAAAAGUCUGUGCCUGAAAUACAGAGGUAUAUUCUCCUAGUGGAAAAGAACUGUUGAAAUUUCCACCGCUUUGUCAGUAGAUAUAAUCUAUCGUGUGAUAAUACCCGGUCCAAAUAUUUCAUUUCAUCCUCGGCUUCGAGUUUUGUCACCUUUUUUGUAAGAAUUGCUUGCACGACCCAUUUUAAAGACACUAAACUAAUUUAAUAUACAAAACGCGCAUACGCUUUCACAACGCGCAUGCGCUAAAACUGUACGUAUAGCUCUAACAUAAAUUUGAAUUUCUUCUUUGAUUUUUUUAUAAUCUGUACCGACUUUGACUACUAUCAGGCAUUAUAUACCAUAUAUGUUAGGUUGUCCAUUUGCACUGCAAGUAUUAGCCACACAGGUUGGGCGCGGUAUAUGAUACCGGUCCAACUUUAAAUAUAUUCUAAAACACUCUUUACAUGAGCAAAUAUGUUUCUCUGUAUUAUUUCAAAAUCAGAAACGAAUUCAUGAACAAUUUAAUUGAUAAAUAUAUGAAAACUAAACAAUUGACGCUGACAAAAAAAUUACACUGUUUGUUUUCAGUGUAUAUAUGGAUCGUACUUAUAUUAGAGAUUAGGGAUUUUAUUUAUUGUGUUUUUGUAGACGACUUUUUAUCUUAAAAUUAUAUUUUUUAUAAUUGUUUUCAUUAGACGAAGAAAUCGGUUUUGUAAUUGAAAAUAUGAUGUCCGUACAUAGUUGUAACGUUAUAAACGUCACAUCUUGAUAUUUUGUUUUCAAAUAAUUAUUUUAUUCUAUCUUCUUUGAUAAUUCAUUAAUAAUAAAUAAUCUUAUAAUUGUUUUAACUUGUUUUCCCGCUAAAAACUUGUUUGGCGCCCCCUUUCCUUAUUUUCUAUAGGCAUUAUCUGUAUGAAAUAUCCAGUCAGUCUGUCAUAAUUCGGAAUAUUCUUAUUUCGUUGUCAAGCUCCCACUAACUAACUGUCAAGUCACCCCUUUCUCCUCAAAAUGGAUGCACUGCACAUUUUCUUUUAAUUUUUGGAAACUACUUAAGGCUUCGUCUGGCCUGGUAAACUGAUUUUCCAACAGACGUUCUUAAUUGAAUUUUUUUGGAACAAACACAAAAAUUAUUGGGCCCACUUUGGCGCCCAACGUGAGGCGAAAACGUCGCGAUAAACUACCACAGGGAAUUGAAAUGCUAUUGUAAAAUAAUAUUUCAGUCCACUAUGAUAGUUAUCGUUUAUGUCAGCCUAGCUCAAUCUCUCAAGUUGUGAGUACACGUUGUCUUAAUAAAAAAUAUGAACACUGAAAAUCUAGAUGGAGCAAAUAAAACAAUAAUUUAACUAAUCAUGUUUAUUUUUCAUUAAAGACAUAAUAAAGUAAUGUAUUGUCAAAUCAAAGAUAUACAAGACCUUGCCGAAAGUUAAUAGAUCAGAUUAUACUUAUGGCACUUGGUUUCUGUCUGUAGAUUCUUGGUGGCUUGGCUGUUGGUCCUGCAACUGGCUCUGGGGUUGUAGAUGUUGGGGGCCUCCAGGUUCAGAAAGUCCUCCCGGUGAAGAAGUUGCUCAGUUACUUUUUGUAUUUGUUCCAAAAAGCCCAAUUAAGAACGUCUGUUGGAAAAUCAGGCUACCAGGCCAGACGAAGGUUUGUAAUUUCCAAAAAUUAAAAGAAAAGUGCAGUGCAUUUUGAGGAGAAAGGGAUGACUUCACAGUGAUCCCUUCAUACGGAUAGAGUGAUAGGAUAUUUCAUACGGAGAUAUGCCUAUAGAAAAUAACAGGGCGCCAAACAAGUUUUUAACGGGAAAACAAGGUAAAACAAUUAUAAAAAGAUUAUUAUUAGUGAAUUAUUAAAGAAGAUAGAAUAAAAUAAUUAUUUGAAAAUAAAAUAACAAAGAUUUGACGUUUAUAACUUUACAUAGUUUAUAUUUAUAUAAAUUUUAACCUAGUCAUUUUAUUUAUUGUAAUUCUGUCUUUUUUAUUCAUAUUCAAAUGUUAUCACAAUAUUUUGUUUCUUCAAUUACAUGACAUUUCAUGCAGAUUAUGCCUUUUUAUUAAACAGCGUUUAAAACAU